AUGGUUACAGUCAGUGUGUUUCCUGUGAGGGCUAGUUUGACCCAUCAAUUGGGCGAAUUCAUCGUCAAGAAACAAGAUGAGGCCCUUCAGAAGAAAACAGACUUUAAGGUUUCAGUUAGCGGUGGUUCUUUGAUUAACGCCUUAUAUGAAAGUUUGGUAGCAGACGAGUCGCUGUCUUCUAGAGUUCAAUGGUCCAAAUGGAAAAUUUACUUCUCCGAUGAAAGAAUUGUGCCGUUAACAGACGCUGAUAGUAAUUAUGGUGCUUUUAAGAAAGUCGUUCUGAAUAAAUUGCCGUCAACUAUCCAAACAAACAUUUACCCUAUGGAUGAGUCCUUGGUUGGCAACAAUGAUGCCGAAUCUAAGAACAAAAUCGCUGCAGAGUACGAGCAAAUCUUACCUCAAUCUCUCGAUUUGGUGCUGUUGGGUUGCGGUCCUGAUGGACACACCUGUUCUUUGUUUCCCGGCGAAAAACACAAGUACUUGCUAGAAGAAACAAGUAAGAGAGUUGCAUGGUGUCACGAUUCCCCCAAGCCUCCAAGUGACAGAAUAACUUUUACUCUCCCUGUGCUCAAAGAUGCUAAAGCCUUGUGUUUUGUAGCUGAAGGUAGUUCCAAACAAAAUAUAAUGCAUGAAAUUUUUGAUCUGAAAAACGAUCAAUUACCUACCGUAUUGAUUAACAAGCUAUUCGACAAAAAAACAUACUGGUUUGUCAAUAAGGAAGCUUUUGGAAAAGUUCAAACAAAAAAUUUUUGA